AUGGCUGCUGAGGGAGUGACAAGUACCUCAGGAUUGAUGAAAGAGGCGGCGCUGGCAGCAAUGGUAGAGGAGGUGCUUGACCUGCAGCGCACGUUGGCAGCAGUGCAGGGGGAGCUGGUAGUGAUUAAGGAGAAAUUGGAAGCAGUUAGAUGCGAGUUGGCGCUGGUUAAAGAGGAGUUGGCGGAGCAAAAGGGUGGUAGGGCAGAGAAGUUCGGUGAGGGUAGUAAGCCAUCGGAUGCAGAAGGGCUGAGAGGGAAGAGUAGGAAGCGAAGGCAAGGAACCACAGCAGAGUCUGCAUGGGAGGAGGAAAGGAGGAGGGAGGUGCAGGAGUUGAAUGAGCCACUUUCCAUGGAGGAAUCGGCGGCCUGUGAGGAAGGGCAGAUGUUACAAGAUUUGAAGCUGGAUGUUGAGCUGCAAAUCAGGGAGAGUGAAGGCCAUCGAAAGAUGGCAUGGGAGCAAAUCAAGGCAGCAUCACAAUGGCCCCUUCUAGAUCUGAGUUGCACUGGCCUCUCCGACGACAUCCUCGCCCAUGUGUCCACCAUGACCCACUUGAUAUUCUUGAACUUGACCUCUUGCUCAGGCCUCAGUGCAGAGGGCAUGAAGCACCUCUACAGGCUGCCACGGUUGGAGAGUCUUGACCUGGAUGGCACAGACGUCUCAGACAGUGCCUUGGAAGGCAUUGGGUCCUUGACCAGUCUCAAGGCGCUCACUCUCGAUCACACCAAGGUGACUGAUGCUGGUCUGCUGCACUUGACAGCCUUGACCUCUCUCACGAUGCUGCGGCUUUCUUGGUGCAAGGGUGUGACGGAUGCUGGCAUGGUGCACGUGGGGAGGCUGUCAGCGCUUGAGGCACUUGAGAUGGUUGAGACGGCAAUCACAGAUGCUGGCCUUCUGCAAUUGACAGGUCUUGCCUCCCUCAAAAUGCUGGACCUUUCCAAAUGCAAGGGUGUAACAAGCGCUGGAUUGGUGGAUGUGGGGAGGUUGGCAUCGCUGAGGAGGCUUCAUUUGUGGCACGACUGUCACGGAUGA